UCUUAAAUAUUUGUUAAGUUGUGGUAUAUCUAAGCGUAUGACAGUAUUUUUUAACUAUUUUACCAUGGCGACUAGUAACUGAAUAUUUAAUUUUUUAGAAUCCUACCAAGGACGAUGUCCAGGAUAUCUUGGCAUACUUAAAAUUUUUCAGAGCCCUAUCCAAAAUUAAACGUUAUGUUGUGUAAGGGGAACAUAUUUAUGAUACUUUGAUAGUAUAUGAUAAAAAUAUAGUUUAUACGAUUUUUUUCAUUUAUAAGUGCAUUUGUAAAAUAAUUACGACAUUUUGGUUAGGGAUUUUUAUUUUUCAGUCCGAAAAUAUUUUUAUUUUAUGCUUAAAACACUGAAAAAGUUUUUUUUUUUUAUUGAGUCAAGACGAAUUAAUUGUUAAGGCAAAACAAACGACGACAUGCACAAGGUGGUUUUUGUGAACUCGCUGCGACCAAAUUUUGCGGGCGGCGGCAUACCCACAGAGCGCAGUCGGUACCGAAACGGACGAAUACUACCCAUGCGAAGGAGUGGUUACAGUCGGACCGUGUGUCGCCCAUUGGUUCGUAGGACUACCACCCCGCCCGUCCCACACGAUCAUAUACAUGUACAACGCACGUCCAUCACCUGUGCGCUCUCCCCGCCACCGUUGUUUUCCCUUACUCCUACAAACGAGUCGAAGAAGAAACAAAAUAAACAACAACCGAUUUGCCUCAUUAUUACAGUUACCGGAUGGUGAGGCGGAGGAAAUUUUUCUCGUGUCUAUACUCCUACCCCGCAUGGUCGACCGAUACCAGUCCUCCUCCUCGAUAUUGCCAUCUGUAUGUACAUGAAUUUUUUUGUUAUUAUUUUUAUUAAUAUUUUUAUUUUUUGUUCGGAAAUAUUUUCUACUGGCAUUACGUUUACGGCAAGUGCAGUUGAUGUUACGGCUGUUGGCGCGAUCACAGAACACGUUCAAAAUAUUUUAAACAUCUGAUUUUUUUUUUAUUCAGUUUCGAUCAUAAAUUAUUGAAGAGCGAUCGUCGGUAGUGCGUUUUGACUGUUCAUUAUUAUAAUUACUUUAAUGAAAACGAGUGUGCGAAUAAGAAAUUUCCGGGAGUGCUUUGUGAAUUGAUACUUCUAAUUCAUAGUAAAAAAAUAUAAAGUCACUUUUCAAUAUAUAUAUAUAUACUACAUUAAUAUUGAAGGUGUGUGCGGUGGAAAAAUUGGGUCCGGCGGCUAAUAAGUGCUGAACAGCAGAAAAGGCGGUACCGGUGACGCACGCGCACCGGUUACGGACGACGCGGGAAAAUCCUUCGCAAAAAGUAGCAGCGACUCACCAUCGUAGUGCCGCCACGGUCAUAGCUGUCAUACGCGCUCGAUGGCCGACAGUCGGCGGACGACGCUCGUCGACGAUGACUGCAACUUACCAGUGAUAGUCACGACUGGCGGCUAUAACCGGAUAACAAUCUAAUUCUACAUUAUUAAUUGAUACUAGUGUAUUACGUGUUAAGUUUAUAUUCGUGUGAAGGACGGCAACGUUGUCCUGUGAAAAAAAAUUUAAAUAACGUAUUUUUGAAACGAUCAUCCGUGGAUGUUGUAAUUGUGCCCGCUGUUGUCGGUACGUUGGUGGCAGAAAAUUUCGCUGAACAAUUUGACAAUAUGAUGUUAAAAAAUACCGAAGCGGACAUGAGACCGGGCAAACAGCAGCAACUCAUGUUGGCCGGUUUCGGUGGACCGCAAAUGUUGGUAGCGGAUGCGCUUCACGUCGGUAACGGCGGCGUUGGAGUGGAUGCGGUCGACGAAGACGACGAUGACGAUUGUGGCGUCGACCGCAAAGACAAUAUGUACAUGAAGGACUCGCCUUCGGCCGGUCUACAAGACGGAAACGGGUUUUGGAUGGCGGCCGUAUCCGCCACGGGACCACAAAUGGACCACCACACUGCCGCUACCGACUACCAACCGGCACCGGUGCCGGAUUACAUGAUGCACCACGUUAUGGGUGUUGGCAACGAGAACGUGUCACCGACCGAUCAACAGCAGCACCAGAUGUACCAGAUGCAAGGAGAUCAACAAACCGGCGGCGGAGGAGGUGGCGGCCAACAGGAAUAUCCUUGGAUGAAGGAGAAAAAAACGACGAGGAAAAACAACCAUCAAGGAGUCCGUAAAAAGAAUUUACUUGAUGAAAUGCAAAACGGUUUGCCCAGAAGACUGCGGACUGCUUAUACCAACACCCAACUGCUGGAACUCGAAAAAGAAUUCCAUUUCAGCAAAUACUUGUGUCGUCCGCGAAGGAUCGAAAUCGCUGCAUCUCUGGACCUCACCGAAAGACAGGUGAAGGUGUGGUUUCAGAACAGGCGAAUGAAACAUAAACGUCAGACGAUCAAUAAGUCUGGAGAUGACGGCGACGACAAGGACUCGCAGAGUUCCGGCACGACGAGCAAACAGGGCAAGUCUGGUGGCGGCGACAAGCAUUGCCAAGACGACAAGAAGAGUUGCCAGAACUGCGACAUGGCGCCGGGUAUUAUGAUGGACCAUCACGUGUCCAGGAACAGUGGCGAAGGCGGCGGCGAGAGUAGCGUUGGUAGUGUCAGUUCGUUCGACACCAAAAUGGAAGACGACUCGCGCAGCAACGAAGACGUCGUCUUGCAAAUGCAACCGAUCAAACGGGAACCGCUGUCUUCGGCGGUAACUAAAACCGAACACAUGCAACAAGUGGUGUCCGGCGGGAAGAAAGGUGCGAAAGACGGUGGCGCGGCCCGUUUGAUGGGUAUGAUAUCGCCGGACUUGGGAAAAACGCUCAAAGCCAGCGGCGGUACGUCUGCGCCGUCGGUAGGCAGCCUAACGCCGUCCACGCCCGAAACGCCGUCCACCGCUUUGUCCAGUCCGCUCGGAGCGGCCGCCAUGUACCAGCAACAGCAACAGCUGGAACACGCAACGUCAACUUCGCCGGCGGCCGGACCUCCCGCCAAAUCUCCUUAUGGACGAAACGAGUACAGACAGCAACAAUACGGAGCUAAACAACAGCACAACAGUUUUGGUAAAGACUGUUAUUUGUCGCAGUAUCCGACUUCUCAAAAUCGGUGGUACAUGUCACCUGAAAAUCCGUCACCUCCGUCUUCGUACAAGACGGCAAAGUUGGCCGGCGCCGGUGUGCAAAGUCCUGUCACUCGGACCCAAACGGCACACUGUCGUCAGCAAUAUCAAAACUAUGCCACUUCGGCGGUCGCUGCUGCAGCGCAAUACUGUAACGGGUACAGCGGUUAUCAACCGUCGGCCGGUGAUGCAUACCAGCAACAGACGGCCAGUUACAAUCACGGCAGGCAAACCGCGUAUCAGCACCAACAGCAACAUCACCAACAUCCUGCUGCGGUCGGUUACGGCGGAACAGAUGAUUAUCACCACGUCAGCUAUGCGGGUAUUUAUCAAGCGAGUAGCCAAGGCUAUGCCAAUGGACACCAUCACCAUGGACAUCACCAUCAAUCGCAACAGCAGCAGCAGCACCACCACCAACAACAACAACAACACGAUACCAACUCCGCACCCUUGUACAACAAUAUGGAUUAUCAUCAUCAACAAGGCGGGCGAUACAAAACUGCCGUCGGAGGACAUCAGUAUUAUGACCCGGCGACGGCCACGGUCCCCGUUGGCGCCGUCCCCGCGGAAAUCGACACGACCAACGCCACUUUCGUCGACCAGUUUCACGCACAUAAUUCGUCCGUCACGAUGACCCCUCCAAACAGUGUGCGCACCGCCGAUUCGUCUGGCGAUCAAUUCAAUAGUUUUCAUCACUUUUACAAUAACAACAACAACAACAACAGUAGCGGCGUUGUUGAACAGCUAUGCCAUCCUCAACAGCAACAGGGCGGCGGAGUGGUUCCUCCGGCUGUCAUGCCCAUCAACCAUCACGGUCCGCCGCACCACGGCGUCCACGGGGCAGACAACAGCAAUAGCUCGUCCGAUUUCAACUUUCUCAGCAAUUUGGCCAACGAGUUCGUUCCUGAAUAUUAUCAGCUCAGCUGAAAUUUACACAAUCACUAAAAUCAAGAGCUGUAAGUGUUCACUGAGAAAAAAAUUAGAAAAACCCAGCGAGAAUACAAAAAUAUAACAGGACGUUGUUGUAUUUGUUUAUUUUAAUCAGAAUUAUAGUAUCGUGAGAGCAAAUGUGUUACGUUGUUUUUCUAGUGUCGUUAACCACAAUAUUAUCUCUUCGCAAUUAAUAUAAUGUUAUUCAGCUCUAAUUAAAUGCUUCUUAUCACUAUCAAACGACUAGAAUGAAAGUUAUGCUGACAACUGUAUUUUAAUGGAUUACACGAUAUAUUUACAGUGCGUACUAAAUGAUGAUACUCGAAAAAAACUAAUAAACCACAAUUUUCAAUUGAAUGUUUUAGUUUUCCUAUGUUGAAUUUGGGUUAGACCGUUUUGUUUUGGAUUCGCUGCAAUUUCAUUUAUUAUUAUUUUUUGUUAUAUAUACAUUUAUUUAUAGUAUCAUUACUUCAGCAAUAAGUUUUAAUAUUCGUUUUAGAAAUUUAUUGUAUAAAGUAUAGACAAUUUUUUUUCAAAUAUCGCUGCACCGCAAAAAGUUAUCUUAAUGAAAAAUACUUGUACAUUUUCUACUGAUAAACUGCUAAUUUGCAGAAUUGAGACGAGUAACUUAUUAAUUUUUUUUCAAUUACAAAUAAUUGGUCACUAUUAUUUAUGUUCAAUGUCUAGACUUGAUUUAGUUGAACGAAAUAAAAAUGUUCAGUUAAUUGAAUCAAGUCUUUGUUGAACGUUUUUUGGCUCAGCUCUGUAGUUCAAUGUAAUUAAUUUUAUGAUAAUUUAUUGUUUAAUAUUAUUUGUAUAAAUCGCGUUAAAUAUAUAUAUAUAUAUAAUUACUAUUAUUUCUUGUACAGAAUAAUUAAUAUUAUAAAUAAAAUUAUUAGAAAUUGUUGUCGUAUAUAUAAUAAAAUAUUAUCGUCGCGUU